GAUUUUGCAUUUCUUAUUCUCUCUGGCCAUCCAAUCUUCAGUUGACUUUGUUUGGGAUCAAGUGGGAAGGUCAGCUGAGAAUUUGAACAAGAAUUUGUGAAGAUAAUGAGAUGUCUCUUUCAUUUUUCUUUGAGGUGGUCAAAUGGCAAUUGCUCUCAAUGCAAGAAAAGAAAAAGAAUGGUAAAAUAACAAUGCCUCUGCAAGAAUCAUGCUUUGAAUUGAAGUUUCAACUAUUUGAAAAAGAAUUGAAUUUUCUUUGUUGGAGUAUCAUAUAAUAAACAUCCGCCCAAAAGCCAUUUGAAUUUUCCCUCUUCCCUCAAUGACUCUUCCUCUGUUUCUUCUUAUACUCCUUCACCUGCACUUCUCCACGGCAGCGCCGCCACCAUUUUUCCACCCGCUCGACCCUCUUAACUCGACGGAGCUCGACGUCGUAAGGCUCGCCGUCCACAAAUCUCACCUGGGAAAGCUCCCAAAUCUCACAUUUCACUUCAUCGACUUGGAAGAGCCAGAGAAGAAAGAUGUCCUCCUCUGGCUCUCUUCCGGUGAACAAAGUAGCCUCACUCGCCGCCUGCCUCGCCGCGCCAAUGUCGUCGUUCGGGCUGCGGAUUCCACCCACGAGCUACUUAUAGACCUCCCCACACGCUCGAUCAAAUCCGACCAUAUCUACACCGGCCAUGGUUACCCUCCCUUCACUUUUGUGGAGCUCUUCCAAGCCAGCAAACUCCCUCUCAAUUUCCCCAAAUUCAAGGCUUCAAUUCAGAGGAGAGGCUUGAAUUUGUCUCACGUUUCUUGCAUCCCAUUUACAGUGGGCUGGUACGGCGAAAGAACAACCAAAAGGAUUCUAAAAGUUCCAUGCUUUUACAGAGAAGGAACCAGCAACGUCUUCUCCCGCCCAAUCGAAGGAAUCAUCUCGCUGAUCGACGUCGAUUCGAUGCGAAUUUUCUCCUACUCCGAUAGAUUCACAGCCCCUUUGCCGAAAUCUGAAGGCACAGAUUACCAAUCGAGAAAAACAGAGCCCAAUUCCACCCCCAAUUGCAACACCCAAAAAAGAAGAUUCACCAUCGACGGCCAUCAAGUGAAAUGGGAAAAUUGGGUUUUCCAUGUCGGAUUCAACGCCAGAGCCGGAGUAAUUAUCUCAACAGCUUCAAUAUUCGACGACGAGAAGAAGAGAUUCCGGCGAGUUCUUUACAGAGGACACAUUUCAGAGACGUUCGUUCCGUAUAUGGAUCCGACGACAGAAUGGUACUUCAGAACUUUCAUGGACAUCGGAGAAUUCGGAUUCGGGCGGGCGGCGGAUUCUCUCCGGCCGCUGGUUGAUUGCCCGGAAAACGCCGAGUACAUCGACGGCUAUAUGGCCGGCGGCGAUGGGCGGCCGCAGAAGGUGGCGAGAGCAAUUUGCAUCUUUGAACGUCACUCGGGAGAUGUUUUGUGGAGACACACUGAGAUUAAUAUCCCUGGAAAAUUGAUUAGACGUGGGGAAGCUGAAAGUAGUUUGGUGGUUAGGAUGGUGGCAACUGUUGGGAAUUAUGAUUAUGUUCUUGACUGGGAAUUCAAAAGAAGUGGCUCUAUUAAAAUUGGGGUUGCUUUAACAGGGCUUUUGGAGGUGAAGGCCACGCCGUACACAAAUAACGGCGAAAUAACGGAAGAAAUAUACGGAACUCUAGUCGCCGACAACGCCAUCGCCGUCAACCACGACCACUACUUAACCUACUACCUCGACCUCGACGUUGAUGGCGCCGUCAACUCCUUCGUCAAAGCCAAACUAAUAACGGCAAGGACAACGGACGUCAACGCCACGUCUCCAAGAAAGAGCUACUGGAAAAUUAUGAGAGAAACCAUCAAAACUGAAGCUGAAGCCAAAAUUCAGCUCGGCUCCGACCCAGCCGAGCUCUUGUUCGUAAACCCCAAUAAGAAGACGAAGCUUGGGAAUCACGUUGGUUACCGGCUGAUCACUGGACAACCGGUUAGUUCUCUACUGACGGACGAUGAUUAUCCCCAGAUUAGAGCUGCCUACACCAAGUACCCCAUAUGGGUGACUCCCUAUAACAGGUCGGAGAGAUGGCCGGCGGGAUUUUAUGCCGAUCGGAGCCACGGUGAUGAUGGCUUAGUGGUUUGGGCUAAAAGGAACAGGGGAAUUGAGAAUAAAGAUAUUGUUUUAUGGUACACGGUGGGGUUCCAUCACAGCCCUUGUCAAGAAGAGUUUCCGGCGAUGGCCGCCCUCCACGGUGGAUUUGAGCUCCGACCAGCUAAUUAUUUUGAUAGAAAUCCUUUGCUGAAAUGACAUUUCUUAAAAUUGUAUUAUUCUAAUGGUAAUCGACUUAAUUAAUUGUGAAACUCAAAUGAAAUGUUAUUUUAGGAUUUGUUGAA